AUGCGGUGUCGGCGUGCCACCAGCCCAGCGCCGUCCAAAGACCGGCCCAAGAGCAAGCGGCCGGCGCAGACCAAGAAGGAUGUCGGCUCGAAGGGCAGCGCCCAAACCGCCAAACGCGGCGGCAAGCAGGCGCGCGACGACUCGGAGCGACGCACGGCCGCCGACGACGUCGCCAGCAGGGGCUACGGCGCUGCGGAGUCGGCCGCCAUCAUCCAGCUGCAGGCGUUCGCCCGGAAAAUCCUGGCCAAACGGAUGUUGCACGCGCACCGGGCCGGCACGUCCGAGCACCAGCGCGUGCAGGCCGAGCUGGCGCGUGCCACGCCCCAGCUGCAACAGCAGGCCGACCAGCUGGCCUCUGAGAUACUGAGGUGA